UAAAAGAAAGGGCAGGCUGCCUCCUCAGUCUGUCUCCCUAGGACUGGAGCAGCUAACAAGAAUAUUACCAUAGCCUACAGAGUGAGAAGACUUCUCAAUGCAUUUCACCAUCCCAGUCUCCUCUCUCCAUCUCAUCCUGUAACUUCCACCAGCAGCCUGGAGACACUACCUACAGCAUCUUAUACGAUUCUAUACAAAGGGGGAAAAAGUUAUUAUUGUACCCUCCAAAUUCUACAGGAGCUGCUUAGUCCAUUACAAUAAGUAACGACAUGGAGCAUCUAAGGUGCAAGAACAGAAGCUGCACAGCCCAGUCCUGGAGGGGUCUACAGCUGCCAGGGCUACCAGUCAACAGACACGCCCUGUUCAUCCUCUACACCUUCAUAGCAUACACAGCAGAAUCAUCCGGAGUACACUGCGUGCCCGAGACCCUCUGCGGUGGACAGUUGGUGGAUACGCUGCAGUUUGUUUGUGGAGAUCGGGGGUUCUACUUUGAAAAGAAAACUGUACGCACCAGUCGCAGGCCUAACAGAGGAAUCGUUGAGGAAUGCUGCUUUCGAAGUUGUGACCUAGAUUUAUUGGAGACAUACUGUGCGAAGCCUGUAAAAAAUGAGAGAGAUCUAUCUACUGCACCCACCACAGCCAUGCCAUCCCUGAACAAGGACAUCUAUCAUAAGCAUUCUCACAAGUACUCCAAAUAUGACAUUUGGCAAAGAAAAUCCACACAGCGUCUACGGAGAGGAGUUCCUGCCAUUGUUCGUGCUCGCCAGUAUCGAUGGCGGGUGCAGCAGAUCGAAGAAUCACAGCAGGUUAUAUUACAUCGGCCUUUAGCUACACCACCUGCGAAGCAGCAUCACCUCAUUCAUCAAGGCUCAGAUCCAUCCCACAAUUGAGCCAGAAAAUCACUAUUAAAGAACAUUCUGCUGCCAUCAUCUUCUGUUUUUAGCGUUCGAUUGUUUUUUUCUGAAUGACAGGGAGAGCAAGCUAAACAACAGAAAUGAAGCCUAAAAAACUCCAUGUGACACCUCACAGAAGAGACAAAACUUAGCAAAACGAGAGACGCCAAAGCAGGAACAACAUUGUUUUUGGUGGGAAAUAUUUCUGUGGAUUUUUGUGUCCAUUUUUUCUAUGUUUAUUUUUGUUUUACUGCAUUUCAUACUAGAACCUUAUGUGUGUGUAUGUGAAGAUGUAUGCCAAGACGCAAAAGCAGUUGUCUAUACACGCACACGAAUAUGCAAAAAAUAAAUAAAUAUAUGGUUAGUUGUGGCACAUCAAGGCCUAAGAAUGCCACUAAGGAAAGAAAAUGUUCUACCAAUGGAAGUAUUGUACAAAUUCCAUCCUGAUGCUAACCUUAGCGUUGGAAAGAACAAAAUCAGUGCGGAAAGGGAACUUUUUCUUCCGUUUCUUAUGCCUGGUUUCUACACUACUUAAUGUCUUCUUUAUUUUCCUGUAGCAUUUAUUGUCAGUGUCCAAAUUAUUUGCACCUUUUUUAAUGCCUGAAAUUCCAAGGGCAUGUAAGGUUUUUGGGGUUUCUCUUUCACUUGACUCCUCUGCAUCACCAAGUUUUGCAGCAUCAUACAUAGUGGUAUGUUGCAGUCUUUGGUAUCUAAGGGGCUGAGCGCAAGAUUCCAAACGUAUUUGCACCUUUUUCUUAAUCAUUGAGAACUAAUAAAAAUGAAGGGGAAGUAGGCAGAGUGUUUUUAUAGUUUGAAUUUGAGCGCUGUCUGCUUUGCACAUAUGCCACAGAUUACAAUGAUUUUAUAUAUGUAUAAUAUAUCUAUAUAUUCUAUUACUUUUUUUUUUGCAAAAAAAAAAAAAAAAGGUAAAAAAAAGUCAAGCACUAUUUUUAUGGGAUUUUUUUGUAAAGCAAUGAAAGAAGGGGACAUUAUAUUUUAAAUAUGGUGUCCUUUUGGUGCUAAAGUUAUUAAGAGGGGAAGAGCUGGACUGAAAUGUCAGAUUUAGGGUUCAUAGAAUACGGAAAUCAUUCAGUGUCGGCUUCCAUAGAUUAUUGAAUCCUUGCCAUAGAAUAAAUUUAAUAGAUUAUCUAUUGAACUUGAAAAAAAAAUAAUGCUUUUCGUUUUAAGAAAAGUAUCUUUUUCCUUCCUCAGAAUUGUGUAGAGGAGCGUUACUUAAGAUAAAGCCAUUUACCUACAUUCAUGAUGAGAAUACAGAAUGCAGUUGCGUGGUCACUCACUGACCUACGGUAAAGGGAAUUACAAUAUAUAAUUGUAUUUGCGGUUAGUCUCAUCCAUACAUAAGUGAUUUCUAUAGUACAUACUACAGACUGUUGAUUCUACAUAGUUAACCACCUCACUUGUUUAAAUAGCCAUAUGGACUUACAAUCUAGGUUAUAUAUUACAUGCAGCACUGAAUAUUUUUUUUUAUAUUUUUUUUUGUAGAACAAUAAAGAUCAUUUUCCUUCCAUAAGUUAUUGUUAAAUGAAACCAACCAAAUUCCCAUUUAGUCAGGAAAGAAUGUGACGUAUAGAUAAUGCAGAUUGAAUCAAAAUCUGAGCAGAUUAACCUUGUGGUCACAUUGCUGUAAUUUUAGUAAAUGUCAAAAAGUAAAGUGGUUUCCAAAAUUAGAAAAAAGUCUCCCUUUUUUUAUUUUUUUAUUAAAUCAACAACAGUGCCCCUCUUGUCCAUGGGUUAUUUCUAGUAUUGCGGCUUAGAUCCAUUCAAGUAGUUAGGAUUGAGCUCCAAUUAUUUCUAAAAGCCUAUAAAAAAAAAAAAUCAUUGUUCUGGGAUU